CUCCCCCCCUUUCGAUUGCCUUAUCAGUAACAGAAACUGGGUUCUGAACCAACACUCAUGGGCUCAGAGCUCUAGACUAGCUGAAAAAAAAAGUUUGCCAGGCGCAGCAAGAUAACGCUGUCGCUUUUUAUAUACCCACCACAGCCUACCAUUCCCUCCCACUUACCUAAAGUUUGCUUGCGCAUCUUUGCUUUCAUUUUCGCUUUUUGAACUCGUGGUAGGCCAACGUCGCAUUCUUUAAAAGUCACUCGUUCUUUUUGUUGUGACCUGCUACGACUUUCACUCGUUUUUUUACUAAUUUAACUAAUCCAAAAUUUCUUACUUUCUCCACGAUGUAUUGGUCCAGGAUCGCCCUUGCGGGUCUUUUUGCUUCAGCUGCUGCUCAGACCUACAGCGAGUGCAACCCUAUGAAGAAGACAUGCUCUGCUGACAAAGGUCUUGCUUCUUCAUCAUACUCGGUCGACUUCACGAAGGGUGCUGAUGAUGACAAUUGGGAGGGAACUGGCCAUGGCACUGUCAAGUAUACUUCUGAUGGUGCCGAGUUCACUGUCUCCAAGCAGGGUGACUCGCCUACCAUUCAGAGCAAGUGGUACAUGUUCUUCGGUCGCAUGGAGGUUCACUUGAAGGCCGCUCCUGGAACCGGCAUCGUCUCAUCUGUCGUCCUUCUUUCUGAUGUUCUCGACGAGAUUGAUUGGGAGUGGCUUGGAGGUAAAGACGGAGACGUUCAGACCAAUUACUACGGCAAAGGAAACUCCGAAUCCGAUACUCGAAGCGCUACUUACGCAGUCACCCAAGCCCAGGAGGAGUUCCACAACUAUACCAUCCACUGGACCAAGGAUUCUUGCGAGUGGUACAUCAACGGCGUCGCUGUCCGCACACUCAAUUAUGCCGAUGCUCUCGGAGGAGAGAACUAUCCUCAGACUCCCAUGCGCGUCAAGCUUGGUAUCUGGGCCGGUGGCGAUCCUGAUAACGCUGAGGGAACUAUCGAGUGGGCUGGCGGAGAGACUGAUUACACUAAAGGUCCUUACACCAUGACUGUUCAAAAGAUUGCGAUUGAGAACCUUAACCCUGCGGAGAGCUACACCUACAGCGAUGAGACAGGUUCAUACAAGAGCAUCAAGUUUGACGAGAAGGAUAGUGGCAGUGACGACGACGAUGAUGACUCCUCAUCAACUGCUUCCGAAGCCGCCUCAAAGACAUCUUCCAAGGGUACUACUUCCAAGACAUCUUCCGAAUCUACAUUCACCACCAAGGCAACCAGCGAGACUGACUCCGAGUCCUCAACAACAGCUUCAUCCGACGCUUCUAGCGAGACUGAGAGCUCCGACUUCAAGAACAACAACGCAGAGACAACUAGCGCUGGUGCAACUUCGUCCGCGAGCAGUGCUGCAGCUACGCCUUCAACUACUGAUGGUUCAACAAACGGCGCUGCUGGGAACUGGCCUAAGAUGUGGCUUGCACUUGGAUCGACUUUUGCUGCUAUGGUCAUGAUGUAAACUCUGAAUCUUAUUAUAGAGUGGCGAAGCUGUUGAUUGGACUUGGAUAGGUCUUGUCGUAAUACAUACUUUGACUCUAUACUGCUCUUGUAAUGAAUAAUUCCUAGCUAUAUAUAGUUGAAAUGCUAUAGAUAUCUCUGAUUACUGUGUCACUGGACUAUGACCUGGGCAAUAACUGUAGUUCCAGCAAUUGUCAGGGUGCUCCAGCAGGUUCAAUGAGAUGAUAAGUGUUCAAACACUAAGAGCAAACUCCAAUACCCUUAUCCUUAUUACCGCGACAGCAGUUUUCAAAAGGCCGGGCAUUUCCAAAGACAGUACAGAAAGACUAUUAUUAUGCUUAUAUUAGCACAGAAUAUGAUAAACAUUUUCAAGUAAACAAGAAGACUUACCCCAUCACCACUAAGUGAAUUGCGGCCACAGCAGCUCGCGGUAUAGCCAUUACGCGGCACAAUCUGUCCAGCCGCGUUGACAGAGCAGCAAUAAAGAUCUUGCUGGGCAGCGACGCUAUUGUUGUCAUGUUAGCUAUAUAUAUAUAGGCUAAAUAUAAGGCAAAUAUGCCUCUGGGUUGAGAUAAAGAGGGCAUGACAUACC